UUACUUUUUCCGGAUUCGAGCACACACACACACGUGUGUAGGAAAACUGGGGUACUUCGCUGUGAGUACUCUACUGAAUAACUUGUGUCCUAUGGCGGAUGCAGAGCCCAUGCUGGUCCCUGCCCCUGGGCGGGAGAAAAGGGCCUGCCCUGCCUUGGAGGAUGAGGUGGCCCACAGCACCAAGAGACCCAGAGUCCAGAAGGAUGAGAACAACAGAGGAGGACACUCUCACAAGCCAGCCCAGGAUGAGGCAGAAGAACCAGAGGGGGAGGAGACAGAGCCACUGGAAGAGGAGGAUGGAGAAGGGGCCGGGUUAGGUUCUGGAGAGGCUUUUGCAGAGAUGAUGAAGCAUGGGCUCACAGAGCUGGAUGUGGGGAUUCUGAAAUGUGUCAGUGAACACAAGGGCUUCUCUGGGAUCCUCAAGGAGAGGUACUCUGACUUUGUCGUACAUGAGGUCAACAAAGAAGGCAAGACAGUGCAGUUGGAUGAUCUCUCGGUCCCUGAGGAGGCUGAGGAAGCCAGUGUGGCAGAGCAGCCAGGGUCUGAGGUUUUCACAGAGGAGCAGAAACACCAACUUGAGCAGCUGCAGCUCUUCAAGAAAAAAGAGGGCAACGUGUCCAUAGAGAUGGCGGAUGACACCAAAGAGAAACGGACCCUGGUCCACAAAGCUGUCAAGACCCUGUACCCUGGACUGGAGACCAAGACAGAGGAGCGGGAGGGAAAGAAGUUCAUCGUGGCCUACCACGCAGCCGGGCAGAAAGCACUCGCAGAGGUCAACAUCGCUGCAGCCCCCAGGAAACACUCCUGGCCUAAGAGCCGUGGGGCCUUCUGCCACUUUGUCCUUUACAAAGAGAACAAGGACACCAUGGAGGCCAUCAACGUGCUGUCCAAGUUCCUCAGGAUGAGGCCUAAUGUGUUCUCUUACAUGGGGACCAAGGACAAGAGAGCCAUCACUGUGCAGGAGAUUGCAGUUCUCAAGGUCACAGCAGAAAGACUGUCUCACCUUAACAAGUGCCUCAAUAACUUCAAGCUGGGAAACUUCUGCUACAAGAAACACCCUCUGAAACUGGGGGAACUACGGGGAAAUCAUUUCACUGUGGUCAUCAGGAACAUCACCGGGACAGAUGACCAGGUCCAGCAGGCCAUGACCUCCCUCAGAGAGACAGGCUUUAUCAACUACUACGGCAUGCAGCGCUUUGGCACCACUGCCGUGCCCACACACCAGGUUGGCAAAGCCAUCCUGCAAGACAACUGGAAUGAAGUGAUAGAUCUGAUCCUGAAGCCUCGCCCUGGAGCGGAGAAAGGUUACCUAGUGAAGUGUCGUGAGGAGUGGGCCCAGUCCCAGGACCCAGAGGCAGCGCUUAAGAAGCUACCUGUGAAACGCUGUGUGGAGGGACAGCUGCUCCGAGGCCUCUCCAUGUACGGCAAGAAGAACAUCAUCACUGCAUUUGCCAUGAUCCCUCGUAACAACCGACUGAUGUACAUCCACAGCUACCAGAGCUUUAUGUGGAACACCAUGGUCAGCAGACGCAUUGAGGCCUUCGGGCUGAAGGCUGUGGAGGGAGACCUCGUGCUCAGAGGAGGCACUGCGUUCGUGCUGUCUGCAGCCGAGGCAGAGACCCACUCUAUUCAGGACGUGGUGAUGCCCCUACCAGGGUUUGAUGUCAUCUACCCCACUCACCACGUGGGGAAGGGCUACAGGGAGAAGCUGAGUGCAGAUAACCUGGACAUUGACAACAUGAGACACAGGGUGAGGGACUACUCUCUGGCCGGGGCCUACCGACGCAUCCUCAUCAAACCCAGUGACGUCAGCUGGGAGGUGAUUAACUAUGAUGACCCUCGUAUCUCUCUGGUUCACACUGAUGUGGAGAAACUAGAGGACCAACCUCCUCCGGUCUUCAACAAAGAGGGGAAGUACAGGGCUUUGAGGAUGGAGUUCUCUCUGCCUCCCUCCACCUAUGCCACCAUGGCCAUCAGAGAGGUGCUCAAGAUGGACACCAGCAUCAAGAACCAGACCCAGCUCAACACCAUCUGGCUCAACUAACACAACACGGAACAACAUUUUACUGAGCUGUAUCCAGCGAUGUCGAAUGUUGUAGAUAGAAAUGUAAUGAAUAGAGCUGACACGAUUCCCCUAUUCGAUAUGACGAUCAUAUCUUGUCUACGCGAUACAUUUCUAUCUGAACCUUCUGUAUUGUUACUUUCUCCUCAAUAGGCCCUUGAACUAAAUAUAGGUCUAGACUACUGGGCUGUUUUUACAGGCUGCAGAGCAGUCCAUACUGUAUGUGCGAGUAUCUGUAGACUGGGAGUGUGUUUGGUACUUUGCCAAGCCAAAAGUCAUUCCUCAAGGUGUGUCAUAGUGAUGAUGUAAAUCAUCAUAGCCACCCACACAACCAAGAGCAACAUCUCUGUUGUUAUUUCCUUUUUUUUUAUCAGGAGGUUUUAAAGCGUUCCUGCACUGGUGGGGUUCAGAGAGAUGAUUUUGAAAUGAGUGAUGUGCUGCCUAAGCACUUACAGGUGACGUCUAGGAGUUUCUCAGUAACCCAUGGGGGUGUUCUGAGGUAGGGCUGGGACGAUAAACCUAAAAUGAUCGAUAUGGCCACUUUUACAUGCAGCAUUUUGCUGAUACCAUUCACUACCAUAACAGUAGCUAAUAUGGGUGAUGGCUACAACAAACUAGUAGUAAUACUAAACAGUGGUGCACAUUACUGUUCUAAUCGUAGUGUUCUAUGUAUUGUUAUCGUAUCAAUUCAGGCAAUCUAUCGCAAUAUCUAUUCUCUGGAACUCUGGUAGAAAGAUUUCCUCUUUAAGGGCCACCAACUCGACUCUGUCACCCACUUCCCCAAAGACAGAUACAAAGACUUGACGCCCCUGCUACUUCCCACAGGACUACAAUGAACUGUCUCUGAUUGUACGGAAUUAUCGUUUACUUUUUUUAACUAAAAUUCUUUUUUUUGUUCUUUUUUUUGAAACAAGCUCUUUUUUUAAAAUUCUUUUUUUUACAGAGCGAGAAUUGAAAUGUUGAGUGAAGACUGUUGGAGAAGGUUUGUUUCAUCAGACAUUUGAGAUACAGCAUUCUGUUCCAGCCUGUGCCACUUUCAGAGUAUCAUGACGCCUAUAGUAACUAUUCAGCCCAAGAAGAUCAGUCCUAUGAAUUACAGUUCCAUUGUAAAACAAUGGGAGCAUCUACUGUCAUAAAACUAAUGUUGCUUGACUAAAACACUUUUAUUCAAUAGACAUGUAUAGUAGUGUUGUGCUUUGGGGGCACUUAUUUCUGGUUGGUGGCAGUAAAGAUGCAUCUUGGCAAUGAUAGAUCAGUGUUCUGUUUUGGGUUCCAGUCGGCACUGAGACAAUGCCCCGGUUGCUGCUGAUCAUGGCAGGUGCUGUGGAGCUUACCGUCUGGCAGGGUGGCUCUUGCCAGCUGGCAGUAGUUAUUGUAGUGAUUGCUUGCUAUCAGUGCCAUGUCUCCAAUCUGUGUUUGACAGGAUCCAGUCACCAGCCAGUUACCCUGGUAUACUGAGAAGGAUCUCAUGCAGUUUUACUUAAUUUUCUGUUAUGUCAUGCUCUGAAAACAAAUCUCUAACGGAGCACUUCAGAUUUGUUUAUAUAUUUGAAUCUGUGUUAGUGUGAUUUUCUUCCGUAUCCCCCUAGCACAUUAUUUUCUAGCAGGACUGGUGUAACCUUGAGUGACCACCAUAUUUUUCUUUUUUACAUGGCCUAAGAUAUUAUACCAAUUCAUAUCACAAGGGAGAGAAGUUUUGACUUUUACUUAAAACAUUUUUUUUUACCUCAACAUCUGCACGUCACACUUUAUUAUUCAAUUUCAUUAACAAAAUUCAAAAUGUCCACGUUCCUUGGUAUGAAAACCAAUCAAAACUGUCCUGUGGUCAGGUGAGACAAACAUCUCUAAUAAAUACACAAUAAAUGUGUUCCUCUAAGUCCAAUAUAAAGUUGUAUUGCUCUGCAGUGUGUUUUACAGGUACAGCUAUUUACAUUCCCUCAACUUUGCUUUAAAGUUGUGUUCCCGUCCUUCUGGCAUUGAAGUCCUUACAACUCUGUUGAAAGAGAUCUGGAACUGCUUUGAUUUAUGAGCAGAUGACCUGCUACAAACUCCUAUGUGAUUCUCCAUCCGUAUUGUACAUUGUUAUUCUAUGCACACUGCAGUAUGGAUAAGUCUACUUCUAACCGGUGAGAUGAAAUGGGCUAUCUAUAAUUAUCUUUAUUGUCCCAAUUUGAGAUAUGUGUAGUGGUCAGGAUAAAAACAACAAAACAAUAUAUUUAAAAAAAAAAAACACGACUGAAACUGACAGAAGUAGUGGCUAGCUAAGGUGUCGGCUAUCUUGGUCAACUGUAGAACAUCUACCACUGGUGGACAGUGUGAUGACUGGGAAAGUGAGGAACGGUAUGGCUCUGGUCAGGUGGGUCUGAAGGGACAGAGACAGAAUGUGGGGUGAGCUGUUGUAAAUUUUCAAGGGAUAUGUUCAGUGUUGCACUGUGAUGUUAUGCCUUUCAUAGACUCCUGUUAUGUCUGCACCCUAACACAAGGCCAUUGUGUUCUGGAACUGUUGCUUGUAUGAAAUAACUUGCGUAAAUAAUAUGAUUGCGUUAUCACCUCCCACUAUGUAAGGGACAUGGAACCAUUUACUCCUGAGUUCUUCCCUGUGAAAUCAGAUCUCCCUCCCCUGCAGUUGCUUGAUUAAAGUUAUACAAUUGAA